CUGCUCUCUUUAGGUUUUGUCGUGGCUGGAGCAACAGUUAUUAUUUUGAUUGUGCGGCACUGCAUCACACACUACGCAAUAAAGCAUGAGUCGUUCAAGCCGUCUGAUAUCGCAUACUUUGUCAAUUUUAUCAUUGUCGGUGUCACUGUUCUUGUUAUCGCAGUACCCGAAGGCCUUCCGCUUGCCAUUACCCUUUCUUUAACAUAUUCAGUGAAAAAGAUGAUGAAAGAUAAUAAUUUGGUAAGGCAUCUGGACGCAUGCGAAACGAUGGGCAAUGCGACAGCGAUAUGUUCGGAUAAAACAGGCACUUUAACAACAAACCGAAUGACUGCUGUACAGUCUUUUAUAAAUGGGCAAUUUUACAAGUACGUACCAAAAUUUGAAGAGCUUAACGAGAAAACUCGCGAUCUGUUAAUUGAAGGAAUUGCCGUAAACAGCGGUUAUAACUCCCAAGUUGUGGAUCCGGACCAACCGGGCAAACAACGAAUACAGUUGGGAAAUAAAACCGAAUGUGCUCUUCUUGGAUUUGUGCGUGACUUGGGCCAAAGCUACGAAAUUAUCAGGAAAGAUCAUCCAGAGGAAUCGCUCGUCAAGGUUGAUUUUUUAAAUCCGUCGAAUGAAUAA